AUGGCCAUCACGCUACUUCAAACUCAUGUGGAUGUGAGCCUUGCUCGACAAGAAAUGGCUGCUGAAAUGGUGGAUCUCAAGGAAAGACUCAUGACACAAAUAGAUGCCCUCAACCACGAGAUGGAUGACAUUAGGAUAGGAAACAUCGAAGUUGCAAGCAUGCUACAUGAUCUUAAGAAUCACUUGUACUAUCUCCAAGUUGGGUAUGUUAAAGUCCCUACAGAGUCCAAGGCGAUGAAGAUGAAGGUGAAAAAUGUCAAAGGUUUAUGGUUUUGCUUUGGUACACAGUAUAGUAAAUGGGUGGAUUUCGUUUUUGGUGAUGGAUGA